AUGGCUGUCACCAUGAUUCACGUAGCCCCAUUGAUCACAUCAUCAGCGUUCCUGAUGGGCUCAUACGCCCAAGGCGUCGCCUUCCGAAGUUUUCAGAACCCGAAACUGCGCCCUGAACCAUGCCGUGAGGUCUUUGUUCAAUGGGUUGAGAUAUUUGCGGGCUUCGCGUGGUCGAUGGCUCUUGUCUUCAUGUUCAACAUCACUUUCAUCGGUCUCAACUUGUACAUAGGAUCACCUGAUGGAAUGACGCAUGGGGGUGCUCCUCGUUGGAUAUGGGCUGCCGCCCUGGUCUGCAAUAUGGGACACCCUCGGCCGCGUGAGGUGACUGCUGCUCUGAUAAAGAUCAGCAGAGGAGGCGAUCAGACAUACAGCGCAGAGAAAGUGGCGUACUUUUUCAAAGAAUAUCGUCGAGUCAACCUGGAGCACAUGAUUGUUACCGACGGGCCAAGCUGGAUGUUGACUGUGGCUGCGGUAGCCAAGAACCUCGGGGUGUGUUGGACGUGUCAUUUGCCAGAAGCGUCGAUUGCCCUGGGAUCGGUGUCUUUGGUCAUUUUUAUUUACGUGAGCAUAAGGGGUCUACUGCGAUCGAGCCCAUAG